GUGUUUUUCAGACCGUCCUGGUGUUGAACUCUGAGAAGUCCACAGCAGAGAGAGACAACUACAUCAUGGAGAUCAUCAACCUGUGCUUCAUCCUCUACUACCUGUUUGAAAUGAACGUGAAGAUCUUUGCCUUCGGCUGGAAAGGGUACCUAUCCUACAGAAAUAACAUCUUCGACGGCUUCCUCACCAUCCUACUACUGAUCCUACAGAUCACUAUAUACGUCGCCUACAGGCUUCCUUAUUCUCACUGGGACCCAUCCGCUCAUGGCUUCUUGUCUCUGUGGGAGAUGGUUCGUUUGAUCAACAUGCUGAUUGUCUUCCGCUUCCUGCGCAUCAUCCCAGAUAUCAAGCUCAUGGCUUUGGUUGCAAGUACCCUGUUGGACCUGGUGAAAAACCUCAGAGCCUUUGCAGGGAUACUGGUGGUGGUGUACUAUGUGUUUGCUGUGUUUGGGAUCUGGCUGUUUGAGGGAGCCAUUAAACCUCCUCCAGAGAUGAGUGUCCUCUCCAAUACCACCAUGGAAAACAUCACCUCUAACUUCAGCAUGGAGUGUGGCACCUAUGAACAGCUGGGCUACUGGCCAAAUAACUUUGAUGACUUUGCUGCAGCCAUCAUUUUGCUGUAUGAUGUCAUGAUAGUCAACAACUGGCAGGCCUUCAUGGAUGCAUACAGCAGAUACACCACAGACUGGUCCAAGAUCUACUUUGUGUGUUGGUGGCUCACCUCCUCUGUCAUGUGGGUCAACUUGUUUGUGGCGCUCAUCUUAGAGGUCAGUUCACUCAUUCAUUUAUAACAGGGCUUGACUUCCAGUCACUGUUUCAAUUAUGUUCUACAUCUGUGCACAUUAAAGGUCCAGUGUGUAACAUUUAGGAGGAUCUAUUGUCAGAAAUGGAAUACAAUAUUCAUAGGUAUGUUUUGAUUUAUGUAUAAUCGCCUGAAAAUAAUAAUCAUUUUGUUUACAGUACCGUAGAAUGAGCUGUUUUUAUCUACAGAGGGAGCAGGUCCUCUACUACGCAGGCCACCAUGUUGAACUUCCAUGUUUCUACAGUAGCCCAGGCCUUUUGUUUUUUAGGUGCAUUUUCCAUAAGAGACACUUCACAGUUCAUUAUUACUUACUACUUGAAGUUACUACUUCAUCAUUACUUGCAACAACUGGAUCAAGUAGAUUGCAGCAAACCUGAAACUGUCCUGUGAAAAGAAAAGUUCCAAAAGCCUGAAAUAUGCCAACAGAGACCAAAGUGUAACCUUAUUGUGAUGUCACCCAUUGGUUUGUGGAGUACUGUUUUGAAGUUUUUUGAUCAAGGUUUUUUUAUUAGAAUUUAGAACAGUAAACAGCGCCCCAGAGGGGCUUAACAGACAAAAAAUAAACAUACAAACAAACAUAAUAACACUAAAAGAACAAAUACAACAACCUCCAACCCCUCCACCCCCAACCCAGUACCAGCCAGAGGGCAUACACAUUUUACAGCCAGACCACAUAACAGAGGUUAUCUC